AUGGUUGUUACACAAUCUGUGCAGGUAUUUGGAAGAAAAAAGACCGCUACUGCUGUUGCUUACUGCAAGAAAGGACGCGGUCUUAUUAAGGUAAAUGGCCGUCCUCUGGAACACAUACAGCCAGAAAUUUUGCGCAUCAAACUUCAGGAGCCGCUAUUGAUUUUGGGCAAAGAACGAUAUCAAGAUGUAGAUAUAAGAGUGAGGGUGAAUGGUGGUGGACACGUCGCUCAGAUUUAUGCAAUUCGACAAGCUUUAGCGAAAGCCAUCGUUGCUUAUUACCAGAAGUUCGUUGAUGAACAAAGUAAAAAAGAACUUAAAGAACAGUUGGUAUCGUAUGAUCGUAAUUUGUUGGUGGCAGACCCUCGACGACGGGAACCGAAGAAGUUUGGUGGCCCUGGUGCAAGGGCUCGGUACCAGAAAUCGUACCGUUAA